UUUCAGAUGGCUCAGGACGGAGACCGCCAUCACAUUUUUGUCAGUGCUCCGCCGCCGCCGCCACCUUCCUCGUCGAUUCCAGCUCCAUCGCAGCCAAAUAGACUGGAAAAGGAGCCGCUCAUCGAUGAGGAAACUGACAUGAUUGACGAAUCCCGAGCCACGUAUUGGAAGGGAUGUGAAUUCUUGAAAGCCUCUGGGUUGUACUCGAGUAAAUUAUCCCUGCAAUCCGCGUCUGCAAAUAUGUGCCGAAUAUGUCAUACUUCUACGUCAACGCGGUCAAAUCCGCUCAUCUCACCGUGUCGAUGCUCUGGAACACUGCUCUUUGUGCAUAAGGCGUGUGUUGUGAGAUGGCUGGAAAUGUCGACUCGAAAAAUGGUCCCAUCACCACGUUGCGAACUAUGCGGCUACGAUUAUCGACGUGGAAAUAUAUUUCAAAUGAAAUCUUUACAUGUUCCACACGUGGAUCGAUCAUCUUGUCUGCUCAAUGUGCUCUUUUUGAUUACCGUAUUAAUUAUGAUAUUUUGUGGAUAUUUUACGAUUCAAUUCAUUCAGGAGAAUGCACUCUUAAAACGAAGGCUCUUCGCGCACAGUUCGACAAACACAGCGUACACGUGGAAACGGCGUGGCUAUUUCAGCGGAAACGGGAAUGGAGACGGGGACGGUAGUUCGGAUGGAUAUUUCUCGCGUACACCUGUCUCAUCACUUUUUGACAUAAAAGUGGUCUUGUGUGCCAGCAUGUUCUUGGUCUCGUUCAUUUUGGCCCUUUUUACACAGUAUAAAGCCGAGUCCACGAUAUUCCGAUGUAUUUUCCGAUUUUUUGUGAUCAAUAAGAAUUGGAUGAUCAAAAACUACGAUAUCAAAAAUGAUCCCGAAAUGGCUCACCGCCGCGGUCUCCAGAAGUCUUCACCUGUUCCGUUAACCUUAUCAGCUUCUGAUAUGUGUAUCCACGUGUCAUCCUAGUCAACAAUUCAACGAAAAAAACCAUUCCAGUUACAAUUUCUCAUUUCUUUUCACCACUUUCGGGUUUUUUGCAAAUUAAAAAAAUUUCGAUUUUUUUUUUGAAAUUUUAAUUUUCCAAUUUUUAUUUUUAUUCCACAACUCAGGUUGCUCAACAGUGCCUAAAAUAAAUUUUAUUUCUU